AUGGCUCAUGUUAGGUCGAUUAGCUUUCCGUCUCGUUCACAGCCAGAGUAUCUCAGAGUUGAGAUUGAGCUAAACAGGCUCAAAACAUGGGAAUCAACAUCAAUUUCUUCAACAACUACACCUUUUAGUUUAAACACCAUUCAACAAGGUCUUGUAGGGCUAGCAGAGUUGUAUAAUUGUGUUCAAGACCUUCUAGUGUCCCCGGCGAUUCAAAUGGGACGAUUAGCGGAGGAAGCCCUUGAGGCCUCUGUUGGAUUAAUUGACUCGUGUAGCACGACGAGGGAACUAGUCUUGAUGAUGAAGGAGCAAGUGCAAGAUCUUCAAUCAAAGCAUACAGAGUGUUUUUAUGUUUAA